AUGGCGUCGGACUCCCCCUCUGCCGGCUCGUGCAGGGUCCGGGGCCCGAGCCCAGCGGUGCGGCUUCCCACGGCGCCUCCGCUGAAGCUGCUGGCUGGGCAGCUGCGGCGCUGUGCCGUAGGCGGGCCCGGAGCCUGGCGGCUGGCCCGGGAGCCGGCAGGCCGAGCCUCGCUGGAGCUGGCGGUCGUGUGGAUGCAGGGCCGGGUGCUGGAGGCGGCAGAACGAAGCGGCUGGGCUCGGCUGCGGGACCCAAGCGGUGUCUUCUUGGUGCAGGGCCUGGAGCGAGUGCCCCAGGGGAAACCCUGUCUGGCCCCAGGAAAAUAUGUGAUGAUAAUGGGAGUCAUUCAGACCUGCAACCCUGAACCUUGUCUUCAAGCUGUGAAGAUGACAGACCUUUCUGAAAACCCUAUACAUGAAAGCAUGUGGGAACUAGAAGUAGAAGAUUUGCACAGGAAUAUUCCCUAG